GAUAGUGUGUCAAAAUUUCAACGUUUUAUAAAAGUAGAACAAAAUGGUAUAACGACACCAGACAUUAGUGUAACGGAACAUUACCAUAUUGAUUCACGCUGUAGGAUGGUAAAAACCCAUUUAAACCGUUGAAACUGAAAGCAUUCUUAUGUUUUGAGUAACCAAAAAUGAAUCACUUCAGCAGAAGUAAUAAAAACAUCAGCAUGUGGCGUUAUUAGCAAAAAAUAUAUAAACUUUGGUGAGCCGCGAUAGCCACACUAAUAUCCAAAGUGUACUAAAUUUAAAGCUGUUACUGUAGAUAAGAUAUACACAAUUACUUUCAUUUCUGUAUUACGCUCAUUUUUAAUUUUUUGGGGGCAUUAAUUACAUAUUUAUGGCACAUCAUAUAACAAUCAACUGACACGUUUAUUAAUGAGAUAACGAUAAGAAAGCAAACCUCUUUGAUUAUGCUUUACUUGUAACCAGUGACAUUAAUUAAAAUAAAUCGUACUUAAUUUUUUCCGUUCUGUUAACAUGAAUUCACCAGAUGUAUAACAACUGGUUAAAAAUGAGUCAAUCUGCACAGGCCUUGAAAAACUUAUAAAGCGGAUCAUGGCCCACGUCCACGGAAUUUCCGACUGAACUAGUCAACUUCACUGUUUACCCAGUUUAAAAUCACGCUUCCACCAUUUCAUAUCAAUAAAUCCCACCCCCACUCGUUCUCAUUAGUUGGCAGGAUUAGGCGUCCUUGGUGUCGCAAUAUGGACGAUGAUAGACCGAUACCAGUACGUGACGCUCCUGGCGUCGCUAACGUACCCCAUCAUCGUGUAUUUCCUGCUAUCCGCAGGAGGCCUAGUCAUCCUGGUAGCGUUCAUGGGCUGCUACGCAGUCCUUAAAGAAAACCGAAUCUUAUUAGUAUUCUAUAUCUUUCUACUCGUCCUCAUUUUCCUAAUUGAAGCCAUGGUUGGAAUUCUGGCGUACAUUUACGAGGAAAACGUCCAGACCGAACUGGAAAUGAACCUAAAUCACACUUUUCUGACCUACUACAAAGUCGACGACGACAAAACCGCUGCGGUGGAUUUUUUACAAGAAAACUUUCAUUGUUGCGGCGCUGUCAGUUUCACAGACUGGAAGUACAGCCAGUGGCUCCAGGACGAAGUCACCGACAAUAAAGUACCUGAUUCCUGCUGUAAAACAGUGUCAGAUAGGUGCGGCACCAGCGACCAUCCCUCCAAUAUUAAUUACGGAGGGUGCCUCCACCGCAUGGCCAUACACAUGGAAGACCAUUUAUUUAUUCUAAGUGCGGUGGGUUUAGGGAUUUGUGUUUUACAGAUAAUUGGGAUUAUUCUAGCUUGUAAGCUAUACUUCAAGUUGAAAAAUUUGGACCUUGUUGAAGAUAAUCAUCUUGACAGGGCAGCGUUUCUGUGAAGCUUAUUUAGAUUUGUGUUAUGUGUUUCCAAUGUUCUGUGAUAAUACCGAUAAUUACUUAUUUAAAUGUGUGAUGCCGCAUACAGGUGUCGGCUAAAUAUGGAACUAAUUCCAUUGAGAUGUCAAAGUUAGUUCCGAUAAAUAUUCCGUAUUUUGUGGACACGCUGUUUAGUGUUAAAUUUUCAUAUUCCAGGCACUUACAGUAUAAUCUCGGUAAUAGUCUGAUCGGGUUUUGUUUCAUCUACAGUAUUAUUAACACACCACUGAGUAAUUUAAGCAUAAGAAUUAAAAAAUAUUGUAACAGAUGGACACUGAGCGAUUUAGGUAAGUUUAAAUAUUCGUCAAAUUCCACUCAAGAUUUGGUAGAAGUCACUUUUUGUAUAAGCAACAAUUUUUCGCACUAGUUUGACGUGAGAAAAAUAAACUCUUUCCUACCUGUUGAAAUCGUGACGUGACAGAUCAACAAUGCGUUUCAACAGUGGCAGGUGGCUAUUUUCAGGUUAAGUAUUCAAUAAAAAAAUCUGACGUGUAAUAAACACACACUUUUUGCACUUAUUGCAAUCGAUUUUUCUCUACAGAAAUGGAAUUUCGACACAUCUUGUCAAGUUUAACUACUUACGUGAUUUCAUUCUCUUUUUUAGAUACCUUGUUAGUUGUCAGCUUAAUUAGAAGGAACAGUUACCUACAUAUUAAUAAUUUAUUAAUGUUUGUGCAAGAAAUAUUGCUUUAUUGUAAAUUAUGUUUUUCCAUAUGGUGUAGCGACAGCUUGUCUUUCCAAGGCGCGCUAUGUUUGUACAUUUGAAAGCCAAUUAACUUGGGUAUAUGUAUUUUAAUGGACUUCCGUUGGGAAUUAUUUACAACCUAUAUAUUUUGUUGUUGUAGUUUUAUAUCGUAAUAAAAAUUCAUGAAAGUGGUGCUAAAAAUAAUAAUUGCGUAUAGAACCAUAUAAUUUUGAUAUUGUCACUGACAUAAUGUGGCAUCAAAUAAAAUUUGAUGAAAAGCUCCCACGUACAAAGUUGACCUUUUCGCUUAACUACUUGAAUCUUUUACAGAUAGACGUGUAUGUAUGAAAAUUAUCCUCCUCAAAGAGGCCUUGGAACUUUUGUAACGCUUUAAAAUAUUUAUGUAUUUUGUGUAUAAUAUCGUUGUCAGUGUCGUCGUAGUUAUUAAUCCAUAAAUUAUUAACACAAAUUGUUAUUCCUCUUUAUUAACUAGUCAAUAAAUAUUACAGUCUUCUUUA